AGUACGUAAAAACUUCGCAAAAGAUGAGUUAUACGUUGAAGUUAAUCUCCCUUCUCUGCUUGUGCACCAUGAGAGUGCCAGCUGUCGACACAUUUCCUAAAAAAUUCACAUUAGGCGAGAGACGUGGCAGCGUUACACUGAACUGUCACACAGCCACUGAGCUACCUGUGAUAUGGAAGCAUGGAAAUGUCAAGCGACCUGAGAAUGGCACGAAGCUGACCCUUCACGACUUUGAUGCUGACCUAACUGGGAACUACACCUGCGGGUACAAUGAUGAAGUCUUGCAUUACACGUACAUCCUGCUCGACGUAUCUAAGGACAUUCCCGGCUCACAUAUUACAUGUACAUCUGAAACGUUCAACUGCAGCUACAGCAUUUCCUGUAGAAUGAACAUAUCAGGCUUCUAUGAUUUCAGACUUCGUAAUGAACGGGAUAAUAACAGUUGGGUGCAGCCUUCUAAAGAUGGUGUCUUUUACCUGAUGCACUCCACCAAUCCUUAUGCGGAAGAGAAAACACGUCUGGUGGUGGUAGGGGAAGCCAUUUCAUCUUCAGGCUACUAUGUUAGAACCAGCCACAGUUUCUAUCUCCGAGACAUCAUUAAGCCUGGCUGUCCUAAAUUCUCUGUGGCCAAAGGGGUGGUUGAUCUAACUCCUCCAGACACCUGGGCCUCACCCUCAAGUUACUACCCUCUUGAAAAUGAAAUUCAGUGCCAGUGGCGAAGCAAUGGAGAGACAAAUACCUGCAAUUUGGUCAAUGGCAAGCAUGUGCCAGAGGAUGUCAGCAAGCUGAGGGUUCGCUGCCGAGACCCGCUUCUCCUCUCUCAGUGGAGUGAAUGGACACCAUGGAAAAAUGUUUGUAAAAGAAGAAAGAACAAGAAAAGAACUAAACAGAAUAAGGCUAAGAGAAAAAGGCUGUCACAGCAGGAAAUGACACCAAAUUUAAUAUGAUGGAUUUCUUCUUCUUGUUCCUCACUGUUAUUUUUCAGUAAUGAAAAGCUUUAUUUUUCUUCAAGGAACCUUAAGAAUCUACAAUGUUUUAAC